AUGGCAUUACGAUUUCCAAGGUUUAGCCAAGGCUUAGCUCAGGACCCCACUACUCGUCGUAUUUGGUUUGGUAUUGCUACCGCACAUGACUUCGAGAGUCAUGAUGAUAUUACUGAGGAACGUCUUUAUCAGAAUAUUUUUGCUUCUCACUUCGGAGUAAAGCUUAUUGCUAAAAGAAAUUCCAAUCCAACUUCAACAAGAAUGGGGAGGGGAUGGUGUUCUACGAUCUCAGAGUGCAUCGAACGUACCGGUACUAGGUAUGGAUCAUCAAUACACAUGGAGGAUCAAUAUUAUUUUCAAGGAAUUUUAAGCAACAAGCCUAACGAAAAUCCAGACCUUUUUAACUGGAACAGAGUAAAGGUUAAGUAUUGCGAUGGGGCAUUUUUUACGGGUGACGUUGAAGAAGUUGACCCAGUUACAGGGCUCCACUUCAGAGGGGCAAGAGUUUUCCUUGCCAUCAUGGAGGAUUUAUUAUACAAAGGAAUGUGGAAAGCUGAAAAUGCCAUUUUGAGUGGAAAUUCAGCAGGGGGAUUAACUGCAAUACUACAUUGUGACAAGUUUAGAAGUUUUUUCUCCACAAAUGCUAGAGUAAAAUGCAUUUCUGAUGCUGGUUUCUUUGUAAAUAUAAAAACAAUCCUAGGGGAACCACAUAUUGAGCAGCUAUAUGAAAGAGUUGUUACAUUGCCCGGAUCAAGCAAGAACCUGCCACGAUCUUGCACCAGCUCCUACUUAGAUCCAAGUUUGUGCUUCUUCCCUGAAUAUGUAGUACAACAUAUUCGGACACCACUUUUCGUUAUUAAUUCUGCUUAUGACUCUUGGCAGGUUAGAAAUAUAUAUUCGUUAAAAUUGCUCAAGCAGUUGCCGAGUGGUUCUUUGUCGAGAGUAGUAAAUUCCAAGAGAUAUCUUGCCCUUAUCCUUGCGGAAAAUUUUGCCAAAGCUAGGAACUUGAAGAGAAUGUUCAUAUUGUACGAGUAUUUCUGA